AUGGGCGACAGCCGCGCGGGACGAGAGCGCAUCCUCGGGGCGCCGCGGGGCACCGGAGCCCCGAACCCACUGAGCGCUACCGGCGAGCGACACACGUGUGCCUCCCUGUCCCGACACACGUGUGCUCCCUUCUCCCGGUACACGUCACACGCUCCUUCCACCCACGGGCGACGCUCAACGCGUGGAAGGAGCGAGAGGCGCAACCGCAGCGCGGGUGGGCAGGGGCUGGGGGCUGUCCGAGCCCCGCUGGAGAAGGAAGGCAGAGGCAGCACUAAGGGCACGCUGGUGGCACACAGGCUGGUGGCACACAGGCUGGUGGUACACAGAGCCUUCGAGUUUGACCCCACGCAACAGCUCCAGACCCAGGGCGGCACCGGCCAGGCCCCGCCCGCCGCCAUCUUGUCCCCCUCAACCACGGCGACCACCCAGCACAGCCCUGACCCUGCCCUUCCCAACACACCAAAACCCUACAAAAACAUAAAGUCUGAGGGGGCGCCCUCAGAGCUGCUCCCGCCGCCCCGCGCCGUGAGGGCGGCUCUGAGGGCGGAGAGUCCCAGCCCCGGCAGCGCGCCCGGGGCGGGAGGAAGAGGAGAAGGAGGAAGGCCCGGCCGCCCUCUCUUCCUGCCCUCCUGCGGCCGCAAGCGGGAGAGGCGAGAGGAGCCUCGGCCAUUCGGGACCGGGGGAAUCGGAUCGGUCCUGGGGACCCAUCCCGAGCCCCCACCGCAGCCCCAGCCAUCAACUGACAGAUGUUCCUGGUUUGAAAAGGAAGAAUUAAAUGAGUGCGAGAAAACCUGGCUUUUGCUACUGAAAGACAUCAGUCAAGAUUCACACUGCACAAACUGGGACACAGUGCCCAGCUUUCCGGAGUUCUUGGAAAAGAAACAACAGGAAAAGAGUCCAGAACACCAGGAAGUCUUCACAGUGGGAAUAAAAGACUUUCAGUGGGUAUCAUUCCCAUCUUUUCACAAAGAAGAAUAUUGGAACCCCAAGGAUCUGAGCUCCCAGCAGCCAACACAGAGCCAGAGCAGUGACUUACAUAAAGGACAGGGCCAAGCAGAUGAACUGAAAAGUUCAUCAUCCACAGCUGAGAAAACCUGCAGAAGAACCAGUACAGAACAAGCCAAAACUGCACCUGGAGCAGACACUAAAGGUGUUUCAGAGCUGGAUGUGAGUCCUAAGUCAAGUAAACUCCCUGGGCACAGCAGCUCAGCACAGCCCUCAGCCUUGCUACAAAGCCCUGCAGAAGCUUGGAGCCCUCAGCCCCACCACACAGGGACUGUACAGAACAGCAGGGCUGACAGGAGGGAAAAGGGUGAGGAAAAGCCUCAAAUCCAAACACAUCAGGGGGAUUUUGCAGCGAGGGAGGCCACGGGGGUGCCUGUGGAGAAGCCUCAGCUCGGGAGUGCUCCUGGGGCUGAGAGCCACGAGGACAAGAUGGAAAACCAGAGUGAAGCAGCUUCAGCUCUUGACAGUUGUCCAAUGUGUCUCAUGCAGUUUAGUGGAAGACUUUCCCAGCUGGACAUCGAUGGCCACCUUGCCAGGUGCUUGUCUGAAAGUGCAGAUGAUGUCAUGUGGUAAAUCCAGAAGAGUGGAGAGCAAAGGAACAAGGCCAAGGAUGAAGCUUUCUCAAAGGGAAAGGAAAAAUCUGUCAAGGAAGCACAUCCUUGUCUCUGACUUAAAGCAGUAACUCAAUAGAAGGAUAAGUGACACCUGCCUAUUUGUUUGGUUGGUUUUUUAAUUUUAAAGACUCUCAAAUGCACAUAAAAUAGUUCCAGUUCUGAAAACAGUGCUCUGGGAUGUCCCAGAGACCCCUCCAGGGAAAUCAGCCUAGGUACUCCUGAAAAAAUGCACUACUGGAAGUCCCUGGAGCUUUGUCUGAUGGACCACAGUUCUGCAUCUCUCAGGACAGAAGAAAGCAGCUGAGCAAAAGACAACUGUUACUUACUCUAAUCCAAAAGUUUACUGGUUUUUUUCCUAAAUAGAUCUAUGAAAAUAAACUCAGUUAAACAGUAAUUUGAA